UCUACAAAAUCCAUAGUAUUAAAUACUUAUUAACUAAUACAAUCAAAUUUUACACUUAUACUUACAGUACAGUUAAACUUUUUUUUAUUAAUCCAUAUUAUUGUGAAGUGCUAGGAUUUAGUUGUCUUGUCAUGCCGGUAUAGACUCAUUGUUUAGAUAAUUACGUUGUAAUAAUUUAAUAAAUUACUAUAAUUAACAGCAAGUAAAUACCUACGAUUGUUUAAAUUAUUUGUGAAAAUGGUUCUCAUGCCAAGGGAGUCUGGUAAGCUGAUAUCUAAGCUUGCUAAAAAUGUUUUCAUCGAGGAGGAAGGUGUGAAAAGUCUCGCUUGCGAGGUUUUGGAAGGCCUGAAAGACCGGACAAUAUCGAUUGAAAACUUUUCACAAUCAGAGUUACACCCGAACUCGGGACAUUUCAAGGCCAUAGACUGGAUCUGCGUGUUGGACACGCUCAACUUCAGUUUCUGGAGCCCGAGUUCUGACAACAAGUGGAAAGUCAAUGGACACACUGGUUACUUUGCACUGUGUUCGGCUGUCAAACGUGCUAUCGACGAAGGCAUUCCAAUAAUAGAUCCUAAUUACUACGCUACGAUUACGAAAGAAGUGCUGGCUAGAGUACUGAGAGCUGAUUCUGGAGCUGAGACUAUUCCGCUGUUGGACAAGAGGGUACAAAAUUUACAGCAAGUUGGCAAGGUAUUAGUCGAUAAAUACAACGGGACGUUUGUCGAGUGUGUCAAAGCGUCUCAGUACUCUGCUGAGAAGUUAUUAAAGCUUAUUGUCAAUGAGUUUGAGUGCUUCCGUGAUGAAGCUGAUUUUUAUGGACAUCGAGUAUCUUUUUACAAGCGAGCUCAAAUUUUGGUCGGUGAUAUUUGGGCCUGCUACAAGGGAAAAGAUCUCGGUGAGUUCAAUGACAUUGAUAUAAUAACAAUGUUCGCGGAUUAUAGAAUACCUCAAGUACUUUUGCAUUUUGGUGCAAUGAGAUAUAGUAACCCACUAUUGAGUACUCUCCAAACUGGAACGGAAUUAACACCAGGCUGCAUAGAAGAAAUCGAAAUCCGCGGAUGUUCUAUCGAAGUAAUCGAGCGCGUGGUCGACAGAGUGAGGAAUUUAAUAAAACAGUAUCCAAAUUUGAACAUAAAUCCAUUCAGUUGUAAUUCUAUCGUCGUUGAUCACUUCCUCUGGGACUAUCGUCGAAAGAAUGCCGAGAAACUAGAAAGUAUACCCUUCCAUCGCGCCCGAUCAAUUUAUUAUUAAUUAUUUUUGUUACUAAAAAAUACUCGAAUUUCAAUUGAUGAUUCCAGAACUCUUAAGUUUUUUUCAGGGGCCAUAUUUUUUUUACAUUACAAAAAAUAAAUAUAUUGUAACGAAUAAUUAGAUAAAAUUUAUUUGAUUUUUUAUAAUAUACAUUUAUAAUAUGCACAACAUAUUAAACAAUAACAUAUUUCAACAAUUUUAUAC